AUGGUGCUGCUAACACUAAUAUGCGCGCUGGUGAAAGAAGGAAGAGCUUUUUCUGUGGACAUCGACAACAACAAGUCGGUGGGACAUUUGAAGGAUGCCAUUAAAGAGGGUACCUCGGUGAUAAUCCAAAUUACCGCACGUAAGCUGCAGCUCUUCUUGGCAAAGAGAGACGAGGGCCGCGGCGCGUGGCUGACGGAGACAGAGGUGAAGCAAGGCGCGUGGAGCACCAGUGGUCUGACGCUGUUGGAAUAUGCGGGAGCGCCACUUAGCGUGGUUGGUUUCACGGAAGAAGCUGUACGAACUCAAGUGACGAAGGAAGAUGUUGCAGCCGGAAUUGUUCCUGUACACGUGCUAGUGAAACUGCCUGAACCGAUCGUGUAUGCUGCUUCACUUACAACGAACGUUCAACUUCCUACAACAACUGCAUUGAACGAGCCCGAAAAAUACGCUGAGGAGUGCAUCUCACUGAACGACUGGGAUGUUAACGCUGUGCAAAAGAUUCCCUCGAUCUGGAGAUUCAUGAGCAGCUUGGGUGGAUGCACCCUGAAGGAAGAAAUAUAUUGGCGAAUGGAAAAUACGCUAAUUGUGUCUCUGCUGAUGGAUGGAUGGUUUCGAGAGUCUUCUUCGCUGGCAAACAAGAAGAGUAUUAUAAUAGGCUCGCCGGGUAUUGGCAAGUCGACUCUGUUGUGCGUGAUGGCUUUUCAUCUCGUUUUCAAGCACAGGAAGAAUGUGCUGGUGUACCGACGAUUGCGUAAAAAAAAUCAGGCGGAUUGUCUCUUUUAUAUGGGUUACGAAGAUGGCAAGGUUGUGCAGUUUGCAGUGAAGGGAUGCGAAGACCGGACUGCGAACGACAUAUAUAAAGAGCUCGUCCGCCAACAGGGCAUAUCGAACGUAUGGCUGUUGUUGGAUAAAUUUCGAUACAAAGAUAUUCCGGUUAGUUUGACAACGUUCACGUUGCUGGCAACGUCAGAGCGAGUGGACCUAAAAUCUGAAGAUCAACUUUAUGCGUUCUACUGUCUGAUGCCUUGUUGGUCACGAACGGAUCUCUUUUCGAUGGGAGAACUCAUCCAUAAGUAUCAUCCUGAGGAUAUGGAUGAUCGCUUCUACUACUCUGGCGGAAGUGUGCGCGAUUUUACAUUGCCUACAUGCAUGGACAUAAUCAAGGAAAUGGACGAUGCGAUAAAUUGUGUAAAGGACGCCUCGAACUUGCUUAACAUGAGACUGCGAUCGGGCGCACUGUCUAAAAUGUAUACGUGGGCGAAAAAUAAUGGAAACAAUUCACUCACCAGUGCCGUUUUUGAGAUUCUUCUACAUCGCCUGGCUGCCGACAACGAUUUGGAUCUCUAUAUUAGCGAGUAUGAUCCGCCAGAAAAUGGGUCGCGUCAGCUCAAAAUGAAGCGGGUGCACUUGGAAGACCAUGAUGCAAUUUGCUCCGGAAGGGCAGCCGAUCCUAUGGCCCAUCUGACCACAUGGAGAGAUGAUGAAAGGUUCUCGUACUGGUUUCUUGGAUGUAACGGUUAUCCGGAUAUCAGCAGCAUUGUAAAGCUUAAGUCUACAUCCGACAAGAAGGGCAAUGUAGCGUAUCUUCAAUUUACUGUCGCGGCACAGCAUGACAUUGACGACAACCAGCUGAAAGAAAUGAACAAGAUUUUUUACCCAGAAGAUGUGAAGAGUGCUGGUGAUACCGAGCAACCAGUUUACAUCGCAGUUUGUCCAGAUCUUGAAUCAUGCAAAGCGCUUGUCCUGGAUCCAGCAACAGUUUCAGCAGCGAGAGAAGUUUGUCGAGUGUUUGUGGACUACCCACUGGCAUAUUAA